AUGAAGGCCUCACUCGUCGCCGUCGCCUUUGCAUUGCCGGCGGCCCUUGCCGGCAGCAAGCGACCCACCAUUACCAGGCAGCGAGACCCCUUCGAGGUAAAGAAACUCUCGGCCGAGGACGUGGCACCCGAGAAAGUUCUGCCAAAGGCAUGUCGCUACGAAGAUAAAGCCGAGUAUCUGCCGGUGUGCCUGGACGUAUACGAAUAUUGCAAGAAGGCGUUCAUGCCCGGGAAUUUCGACGAGUGGAAGGGCGUCCUGUUCCUGAGGUGUGUCAGGGAGGAGCUGCAGGCGGAAGGGUUCAAGGCAGAGCUGCCGGCGGAAGGGGACAGCAAGGACAAGGCUAAAACGGUGGGAGGGAGCAUAAGGAACAUGGCCAAAACUGUAGCCAAGUUUGCUGGGGGGAUCUUUUGA